UGCGAGUAAUUUGGACCGGAUGUAGUAGCUAUCAUUGAAAAUUUUCCAAAAAUAAAAAAGGGUUUGUAGAUGCGGCUUUAGCUACGCAACCCGCUCGAUAAAUAGAUCAUGCUAGCCCUUUAUCUAGUCAUAUGGCCUAAGUCCAUAGCAUCCACCCGGCCCACUUUAAUCUGCCCUCUUAUACCAAAAUGAAAUUUUUUGACAACAAAAGCACAUAUCAUACGGGUUAUCGUCCGCCAAAAUUAGGCAAAAACACUCUAGCGCGCGUACUCAUUCCCUUGAAAUAAAUUCUGGUGCAAAAACAUAAACCUGCAAACUGUACCUUCUCAACUCAACAGUGUAAAUUCCUUCCAACAUUAAACCCUUGAAAUUAUUUUUUGAGGGUUUUGAUCGAUUGUGAGAGAAGAAGAUGGGGAAGAUUUAUCGGAAACAGAUGGUUGGUGAUAGAACCAAAAUUGCAGAAAAAAUGUCAGUGCAUAUGAUGCUUAUGGGUUACAAUGGAGAUUAUAAAUCUAUGCUUUCUCAAGAACUUAAUAGUCGAUUAUGGAAGCGAGAUGGUAAAUUGAGUAGAAAACGAAUGCGAAGAUUUCAUUUUUUGUUAUUCACUGCUGAUAGUCCUACAUUGUUGUCUUUCACUGUUGCAUUGGGGAGGUUAAUUUGGAGUAAUAAACUGAUGGCGAAACGAAGAAAUUUUGAGAAGAAACUGUCUGAGAAGAUUAAAGAAUGGAGUGUUAAGAAGAAAAAAAGGCGAGGAAAACCGGGUAAAUUGAGGGCGAGGAAGUUGAGCUUGAAGAAGGGGAAGAGGAAGAAAAGGAAAGAAUAUGUUGCGGUAUCAAAGAUUGUUUUCGGGUUUCAAAUGAGACCGGUGUUGGGGUCGAGGUUGAGGAUGGUGAUCAAGCGGAAGGUGAGAAGACAUCAUAGUAAAAGUGAUCAUGGUAGUCAAAUGUAUAGGCUGGCAAUGGCUAUAAAGUAUCUGUCUCUUCGAAAUGUUUAUGUUACAUCGGAGUGGGAGUUUUGGACUAUCUGCUUUGUUCAGGAAGUUACUGGUUUCUGGGGAAGCAUUGCAUUACAGGAGGACUUGAGCAAUUCUUUGAGUUCGGUUGCUAAGGAGUUUGGACUCUAUGUAGUCUCAGCUGACCAUUUGGCGCGCCUGGAAAGUGGUUUCGGGUGUUCUUCCAGUCUUCGUUGUGUAGGUAAUGAUUUAAUCUCUCUCUAAUCCCACCUCCAAGCUAUUAUGGUGUCAAACUUUCUAAUCUAUUUGGCUGACAUCGAAUUAGAAAAAAAAAAUGUUAUACUGACUUUUGUUUGACACUUUGGCCUUUCCAUGUCCAUUUUUGAAACUUGAGUAUUGGCAUUGAUGUGGGUGCUUGGAUACUUUGUAUUAGUUACAGAAAUUGUAAAAUGUUGUAGAAAAUACCCUGUGUUUCAUUUUUGCAAGUUAAUGUAACAUAACCUCCAAAAGAUGAAUAUAUGUAUUUGAUGUUUGGCACUUUUGCUUAUGAUCUGGGGUUGAUUUUAAUGAUGUAGUUCCGUGGAAAAGGUGUGUAAUAAACUGACCUAAGGAGAGUUAAUAUGGGUAGUCUAGAAUUGUUCGUUUAAUAGUUUUAAGUUUUAUUGCAAAAUAGGGAAAGUGGAGAAAGGAAAGGGUAGGCAGAUUUUUGGAGUGAAUCCUUAAGAUAGUUGUGAUUGUAAGUGCCUAUUUUUAGAGUUUUGACCUCAAUUCACUAGUGGAGACUUGCAGCAUAAAGCUGCUGACUUUUGAAAUCGUUUGUUAUCAAUCAGAGCAGUCUUUUUCCUUCUAUCUUAUUGUUAAUUACAAAUACUGCAAUGCUAGGUGGUGUUUACAAAUAUACAAAUCAGAUUGCUAGACUAUAGCAAGGUGGUAUUUACUUAAAA